AAUUAUCUUUUUGAAUCGGAUCUUUUUAUUGGCCCAUUAACCCGCGAAUUCAUCCCCAGAAAUUAUUUCAUUUUCCGGCCAAAUCCCCACACCUACAUAUAGAUAUAGAUACAGGUACAAGUAUGUCUGGACCUGAUGAAGAUAAUAAGUCUAAUCAUACUCAGCUUGCAUCACAUGUCUUUGGUGAACUUCUAGACUCUGUAAUGAUGGAUGUGGCAUCUGAGUGUCACCGAAUUGCAAGAUUGGGACUCGACCGUAAUUUAGAUGAUGAAGAGGAAGAAUUGAGGCUGUCGGCACAAGCCCGGGCCAGGGUAGCAGAUCCAAGCAAUAGUGAAGCAAAUAGCAAAUACGUGGUUGAUAUUUUUGGUCAAACACAUCCUUCUGUAGCCGCUGAAGUCUUUGAUUGCAUGAAUUGUGGCCGGGCAAUUGUUGCUGGAAGAUUUGCUCCUCAUUUGGAGAAAUGCAUGGGGAAGGGAAGGAAGGCGCGGGUUAAAGCAACAAGAAGUAGUACUGCUGCUGCAGCUCAGAACCGGUGAUCUUCAUUCUCAGUGGCAGCAUUAAAGGGUCAGUGAAGGAAUACUUGCUGAACUCUUUGAAGUGUUUAUGAUAUCGAUCUUUCUCCAUAUGGAACAAAUUAUCGUUAGUCAUCCAGUGGUUUCCAGUAUUUUGGUACUAUAGUCAAGCAGAGUAUAAAGCAGUUUUACAUUCGUACGGCAUUGCUUGAUAUCUUUGGUUUAAAUCUUUAGUUCGCUUUAGUACAACUCUGCAAACAAAUCAAUCUGGAAUAACCAGGACUGACGAGAAUGCAACGGAAUGUGUUUCUAUCUAUACAUAUCUAUACAUGGAUGUUUAUAUCUAUCUAGCACGUGAGUAUAUAGCUUAUGUUUGUUA